GGUCGAAUGUCGUCUUCUUUUCUUAUACUCAGACCUUAAUUGCGACGAGAACAGAGACAGCACCAAGAUGAGCGGGACAAUGCGCGCAGUAGACAUCAAAAAUGGCAAAGGGCCGCUCGAGAACCUGCACAUUGCCGAAGUGCCCAAGCCGAAGCUUGGAAAGUCGCAAGCGCUCGUCAAGAUCAAGGCGUUUGGUCUGAACCGCAUGGAUCUGCUACAACGCGAGGGACAGUAUCCCGUGCCGCCGGGCGCAUCCAAGAUCCUGGGAGUAGAAUUCUCGGGCACAAUUGCGGAACUGAGCGAAGACGGUGGCGGCAAAGAAGGCUUCAAAGAGGGCGACGAGGUGUUUGGCCUGGCCUAUGGAGGCGCGUAUGCCGAAUACAUUGCCGUGUCAACACACAUGCUGGUACGCAAGCCACAGGAAUUGACGUGGGAGCAGUGCGCCGGUAUUCCCGAGACAUGGAUCACAGCAACGCAAGCCAUGUACCUAAUUGGGCAAUUCAGUCCUGGAAAGACGAUCCUGUGGCACGCGGCCGCGUCGUCCGUGUCCAUUUCCGGGAUCCAGCUCUCGCGCUCCGACGACGCGGCGGCCGUGUACGCGACGGCGCGCCAGGAUUCCAAGUGCGGCUUUGCCGUCCAGGAGCUGGGCGCGACUGCCGCCUUCAACACGACGUCGCAGAACUGGGUUGAGGAGGUGAUGAAGGCGACGGACAACAAGGGGGUUGACAUUAUCGUCGAUUUCAUCGGCGCAUCGUACUUUCAGCAGAACCUCAAGGCCGUAGCCAAAGACGGCGUCAUUGUGAACCUGGGCUUCAUGGGCGGCACCAAGCUGCCCGAGGGCACGGAUAUCAGCGCCUUCAUCCGGAAGCGGUGCAGCUAUGUGGGCAGCAGUCUGCGCAGCCGCGACGAGGAGUACCAGGGUAAACUGAGGGACCAGCUAGUCGAGCACACGCUUCCCUUGAUGAAGGAGGGCAAGCUGAAGCUGUUUAUAGAAAAGGUCCUGCCGUGGGAGCAGAUUCAGGACGCGCACAAGUUGCUCGAGGAGAAUAAGACAAAGGGCAAGGUGAUUUGCACCAUCAGUUAGAUGUAGUUGUAGUAGUUAUUGUUGUCGACG